UCUGGGAAAUGUUUUGUUCAGUUUUUAUUCUAAUAUGGCGUCCGAGUUAUCACGUAUUCAAGUCCGGCAAAAUGAGGUUUUACUUUUCAAGAAUGGCCAACCAAUCCUUAGAGUUGAACGUGGAACAACCUUGAGUGUCAUUAAACUACUUUACCAAGCAGAUCCCAGCAAUAAAGGAACAGUGAUUGCACUGAAGCCUGAUACAAAUGAUCCACUGCCCUGUGUAUUAACAUUAGAUCAAUCUCCUCUGGAAGAAGCAAAAUAUGAAAUAAUCACUCAUGAACCAGGAAAUCCUGUGCAACCAGUUUCCAAGGAAGACGCAAAUACUAGACAGUUUUCUGAGGGGAACAGUUCCACUAUGGCAAGGUUACCACACUCGUUAAAUCUGCCAUUCAAUCCCCCUCAAGGAACAUCAUCAGUCAUAACACAGCCUGGGCAACCUGCUAGCCUUGUAACACCUUUAACUCUUGCAAUCUCACCUGAAUCUGACACUAGAAAUUCUGCAAAUCACAGAGAAAACAAUAGAAGCUCUUUACUUUUGGCAAGAAGAGAUGGUACCUAUUUCCCCUCUCGCUCAAGCAUUCUUUCAGUUUCACGUCGCAAGAAGACAGCUCGAAAAUCGGUUUUCCAACGCAAAGUGUCUCCAACAUCAAGUCCUAAUCCUGUCCUUCAUAGGAAGGCCAUGCAUGGAGAAGUAAUUUAUUCUACAAAUUUACUGUCCGAGAAAAAGGGUUUUGAUGCAGUUGCAAAUGAGUCUGCAAGUCAUCCUGAAGCUGUUGAUUCCCCAGGACUGUGUGACAGCACCGAAAAUGGAAACUAUCGACCUUCCUUGCAAGGAACAGGGGAAGAAAUGGAAACAGAAAACCAUCAUAGAGACAUCUAUAGCAGUGAUACUGUAACAGCAUUUUCAGCAGAAGAUUCAGCAGGCUUUGCCAAUUUUCCAAAUCUUGAAAGCUCUUCUACAAAUGGGUCAAGUCCUGCCAUUAGUGAUGACCAUCCAGCUGUUAUUGACAUCCACAGUGACUCAAGGGAAACUAGUGGUGGAGAGAAUGACUCGGACUCAAACUUUGUUAGUUCAGAGAACAGUCCUCUUCAAAACUAUGGUGGCCGAGGGCUGAGCUCACAUAGAAACAGUCAACAAGGUUCUCACUUAGAUAUUCAUGAGGCACAAACCUUUCUUCCAAAAACAGCAAUAGUAGUCUUACCAAACACAAUCCAAGUUAAGACAGAACCCAGUGAAGUUCUUUCCAUGUCAAAUGGCCACUCACCAGAGCCAAAUACUUCUGAGGAGAGAAGUCAAACACAUUUGGGUAGUAGCCCUGAAAGAGAAAACAGCACCAUGGGUCCUUCUGUGCAGAAUUAUGCCCUUAGCCAACAAGUCUUGCCAACAAGUUCUCAAGAUGGCCUUUCAGCACCAGUUCAUUCAGGUCCAUCUCUGCCAAGAGUUGUUGAUGUUAUGGGUGCUUCUCCUGAUCAGGAGGACCACACAGAGAGUGCUGCAACACACCCCCAGGGUGGACCUUACCUGGAUAUGAAGGAGUACAGCUGUGAUAUCUGCCAUAAGCAGUUUGACUCUGCAAACUCUGUGCUUCGUCACAAACGUUCCCACACUGGAGACCGACCCUACAUCUGUAAAAUCUGCGGCUGGGGCUUCAACUUAAGUGGAAAUCUAAACCAGCAUCUAGCGAUUCACCAAAAGGUCAAGCCUUUUAAGUGUGUCUACUGUGGAAAAACCUUUGCUCGUUCCAAUGUGCUUAAGGCUCAUGUUCGAUGCCACACAGGAGAACGGCCAUUUCAGUGCCAGUUAUGUGGAAGCAAGUUUAUUAUUGGUCAUAACUUAAAGAAACAUAUGGUGACCAGACAUGGAAUUAAGGAAGACGACAGAAUCUUUUCACAAAAUGAUGCCACUGAGGACAGUGGAAGAUCUCACGAUAACGUUUUCUCACAGAAUAAUACCUCAGAAAUUAAUGGUAGGUAUCAAAGAAGUGACAACAGUGAAAAUAUCAGCAUACCAAAGUCACGAUCAUAAAGAUAUAUUGUUGUAUUCAAUAUUUUUCUCUGAGUGCUGUUAAAAGAUUAUUUUUAAUGCAUUAGAUAUCUACCAGACAUUUAUUGAGCCAGUCUUACGCUUUUUAACCAAUUUUAGAGAUUUCAUUUCGAUUAUAUAUAUAUUAAGUUAUUAUCCUCAAAGUAUGAAAAUAGCAAUUAUAAAUUUUGAGAAAUCUUUUGGUCAUUUUGCAAUAACAAAUAGACAAAAUUAAGAGUCAUCAGCCAUCUCACUCCCAGGAUUGAUCAAGUAUUACUUUCUCCCUACAAUAUCCAUAUAUUUAGAAGCAGAAAGGUGAUGAGGGAUAUCAUAUUAUUUCUCACCAAAUUCUCAGAUCUGUAAUUAUAAGAAAUGUGUGGCAGUUAGUGAGGAGAAUUGAUUUUUAGAGCUUGGGAGGGAAAUGGUUCUUAGUGAGAAGGAUACGUGUCUUAUUUCCAGCUUUUUCUUGAUAAUUGAAAAAAAAAAAAAAAAAAAAAAAAAAAAGAAACAGCAUUAGUGCUGCUUUAUAUUUUAUUGAAAUUAUUUAAGAAGAUUCAAGAAUUGGUGAUGAAAGAUUUAUAAAGGAGGGAAAAUUGUUUUUUUUUCAUUGUUUUUCUGUGCUAAUUUUUGUUCCCUUCAUUGCUCCAGUAUUGUAAAUGUUAAGUUUAGUUAACCCUUUAACUCCCAUGAGUGACCAAGACGGAAUUUCUCCAUACAAUAUCAAUACAAUAUCAAGUAGACGAGUGAUGAGAAUAAAGAACAAUAUCAAUUAGGGGAGUAUAAGUUGAUCUUAUACUAAAUUCUCCCAACUAACAUCACAAGAACUGUAUGGAAGACAGUAAGGAGAAUAACCAAUGAGAUCUUGGGAGUUAAAGGGUUAAGGAAGUCAUGAUUAAAUGAAUUUGUUUUAGUGUAUCCAAAAGAACUAGUAGUUAUAUUGCCAUAUGGUAAAAUAGGAAAAUGUUAUGAUUAAGUACUAAAUCUGCUAGUGUACCUGCACUGAUCCAGGGGUUUUGAUGAAAGGCAGUUACCAGCAGUCUACUGCUGCCUGUGCAACCUGUCACCGCUGUUUGUUUAGCCUGCGAGCUAACUGUUAUGUUUGGGUUUCUCCUAACAGCACAGCCGCCUAUUUAAACAUUGGCAGCUACUUAUGGGAAAAGUUAUUGAAACCCUUGCUAAUCACAUAGUUGUUAUUCAUCUAAGAUUUGAUCGGAGAAACUGGACAUGUAGUCAACUUAGAGGUUUGCAUGAGAUACAGUUUUAAGGUAAUUCAAAACACAGCAUUUAAUCUUAAUUGAUUAGUUAUUUAAUUAAGUAAUAAUAAAUUUUAAUUAAACUUGUCACAAGGAAUGUGCAUGUACACUGUAUCACAUAGAUAUUAAUAUAAAUGAAUAUUCAAAUUUUAUUAUGUUGUUUAAAAGAGUGUUGCUUUAUUUUUUAUUGGAGGGCAGUAAAUAUAUUUAGCAAUUUGUGAAACUAGGAAAGUUUUUAUGAGAAACAGGAAAGGCAAGUAUCCGGGGUUGUCUUUAAGAAAUGUAAGGCAUGUACAGUCUGACUAUUUGGGUGGCUGAAGUGAAUUAUGCUUUGGAAGCAAGCAUGGCCUGCGCUUUUAGGGAGGUUGGGACACAUGUGUUUGUAUCUUUGAUUAUAAUUCAAUUAGCCGGCAUUAAUUGAUGUGACAGCCAGAAGGUUUCCUUCGUCUGCCACCCUGAAUAUCAGCCCUGGAGGGUUCUUUCCACUACAUUAAGCUCUUUAAAAAUUUUCAAGUUUUGUAUUAGCUGCACCAUCUAUUGAAAAUCCUACUUCAUUAGGAUCACAAGGAAUUAUUGUUAGUAUUUGGAUUUUAAGCAAAUCAAAAGAUGCACAUGCACACCAUUGUUUAUUUUAUAACUUUAAUUUUAAAUGGGUCGUGCUAUUACCAUGUAAUAUACAUGUUUAUUUGACUUUAUUUUUCAGAACAAAUAUUCUUAAUUACGUCAUUGUUCAUGGGUCAAAAGCUUAUUGCUGUUAGUAAUGAAAAGGCAUCUUGUUGUGUAUUUAUAACUUAAUCACAGAAUUUAUGUAGAACAGAGUAUUAUAAUUUCACUAAAGCGGACUAUUUUUACAUUUUUUGUGUACUCUCAAUAUGUAUUUCCUGUUAGAUAUUUUGCUAUAUUUAUUGCCAUCCCGAAGAACCAGGGAAAACACAAGUAGCACAGAAUGCCAGCUAAAGUAAUAAAAGAUUAUUAAAGGCC